AUGGAUGAGCUGAUAAUGUCGGAAGACUUGCUCAUUAACAAAACGCAAUGCACGUUCUAUGAAUGGUCAAGAGAUCCUCAGCAUGCCACGUUUUUCCGAAUAUUCUCAAUAAUAUCUGUGUUAACCGUUCUGGUAUUUGUUGUCGUGUUAGGAAAUGCUCUAGUUAUUGCUGCUGUCUUAUUACGUCGAAGACUUCGCUCAGCUACCGGGCUACUCAUUUUAUCACUGGGAGUAGCCGAUUUAAUGGUUGGAAUCGUCAUUCUCCCGUUCAGCAUUGCUAACGAAGUGCUUAGUGGCUAUUGGAUAUUCGGAGAUACUUGGUGCACGAUAUGGGUGACUAUGGAUAUUUGGAUGUGUACCGCAUCAAUCUACAACUUAGUUGCUAUUUCUAUAGACCGCUAUAUAGCUAUAAUCAAGCCGCUCAAUUACCCAAUGUUGGUGACCAAAUUCCGGGCUCGAUGCAUUGUAGCCCUUGUCUGGAUUGGUUCUUUCCUCAUCUGCAGUCCUAGUUUUUUCGUAGGCGGUUCAUCACUACCUGAAGACAAAUGUAAAUGCUCUCCCGCAAGUGCAGGUCGAGCUUACAUCAUCUUCUCCGCCUCAAGCAGCUUCUAUGUGCCUAUGAUAGUUGUCAUUUUCGUAUAUUUCCGGAUUUAUAUCGCAGCCAGAGCAGCGACCAAAAGCAUUUACUCCGGAAUGAUGCAGGUCACAGCUAAUGCCAAUAAGAACACCAAAAGCUAUCUGCUCAAUCAUCCAAGUGUACUAGCAAAAGAAUCUUUACCAAUGCUUCGGGUUCAUCGGGGAUCAUCAGUUGCCAGUAUUCGUCCAUCAAACAUCGUUAAUAAACAUUUAAGUAGCAGUCAAACAACCAUGAAUGGGUCAACAGCUUAUUCGAAUGCCGCAUUGGCAAGAAAUAGUUACUCUCCAUCGCCUCAUCAGAAUGGACCAGCGCCGAUUAACUCGUUAGAAACUCCAGAGAAUGACAUGGAAAAGCAAAAUGGAGAGAUGGAUCUUCCAGCAAGCAAUGAGAAGAGAAAACGAAAGAACACAGACUCCGAUUCCAAAUCACCCAGCAAAGUAUUGCACUCAAUCAACCCGCUCAAAAAGCUCAUUCGUAGGGGACAAAUAAAAAAGGCUGGAUGUGCUUAUGAAAAAAGACUGUCAUUAGAAAUAAAGGCAGCUAAAACAGUCGCUAUCGUUACUGGAUGUUUCAUUUUUUGCUGGCUAGGAUUCGCUCUUAUGUAUGGAUUGGAACUAGAGACAGAUGAUGUCACUUGGUCAAUCGUCUUUUGGCUUGGAUACUUAAACUCGGCGCUUAAUCCAGUCAUCUACACUGUUUUCAAUAGAGAGUUCCGGACUUGUUUCAAACGUCUUCUAACAUGUCAUCAUCUUAACCAUCCUAACACUACAAAAUAUACGAACAACUCGUAUAACUCAAUAGCGAGGACGGGAAUGAAAAACCGAGCAUCAUCAUCACCACCACAAAUGCAGAUGUACUCAACUAACCCAAUGCCAACAUCGAGCAAAUAA